AGCAGAAGAAAAGCUCAUCACCAUACACUUUCACCUUGGCCAUUUCUCAUCUCACCCUGCUCUUUCUACUCAAUAUUUACUUUACCGUUCCUUGCUCACAUCCCCUGCUUUUAGUUUUCCUCGCACCUUCUCUACUUCUUCUCAACAUCCAUUUCUUUUCCAUUCCAAGACAAGCUAUGGCUGAUGCAAUUGUUUCUGCUCUCGUGAGUACAAUCAUGGGGAACUUGAAUUCCUCAAUUCUUCAAGAGCUUGGGCUUGCUGGGAGCCUAGAGACGGACCUUGAACAUCUCCAGCGCACUUUCAUAACUACUCAAGCUGUGCUCCAGGAUGCAGAGGUGAAGCAGUGGAAGGACGGGGCUAUAAAGGUUUGGCUCAGACACCUCAAGGAUGCAGCUUAUGAUGUUGAUGAUUUGCUAGAUGAGUUUGCCAUUGCAGCUCAGUGGCAUCAGCAGCGAAGAGAUCUCAAAAAUCGACUAAGAUCCUUCUUUUCUAUCAAUCAUAAUCCACUUGUUUUUCGACGAAGAAUGGCGCAUAAAUUGAAAAAUGUGAGAGAAAAACUGGAUGCCAUUGCCAAUGAGAAAAACAAGUUCAAUUUAACACCACGAGUUGGCGACAUAGCUUCUGAUACCUACGAUGGGCGGCUUACCAGCUCACUCGUGAAUGAAUUAGAAAUUUACGGAAGAGGCAAGGAGAAAGAAGAACUAGUCAACAUCCUGCUCGCUAAUGCAGACGAUCUCCCUAUUUAUGCUAUCUGGGGAAUGGGGGGCCUCGGGAAAACAACACUUGCUCAAUUAGUCUACAAUGAAGAAAGGGUUACACAACAAUUCAGUUUGAGGAUGUGGGUGUGUGUAUCUACUGAUUUCGAUGUAAAAAGAUUAACAAGAGCCAACAUAGAGUCCAUUGAUGGUGCCUAUUGUAAUCUUCAGGAAUUGGAUCCCUUGCAACGAUGCCUCCAACAGAAGUUAAAUGGAAAGAAGUUUUUGCUUGUAUUGGAUGAUGUGUGGGAUGAUUAUGGUGAUAGGUGGAGUAAAUUGAAGGAGGUGUUAAGGAGUGGAGCUAAAGGUAGUGCUGUAAUAAUAACUACCCGUAUUGAGAUGGUUGCUCGUAGAAUGGAACCAGCCUUUGUCCAGCACAUGGAGAGAUUGUCUGAAGAAGAUUCAUGGCAUUUGUUUCAACGGCUAGCAACUGGGAUGAGAAGGAAAGAGGAGUGGGUACAUCUGGAAAACAUUGGAGAAUCAAUAGUGAAGAAGUGCGGUGGUGUUCCUUUAGCUAUAAAGGCACUCGGGAACCUAAUGCGGCUAAAAGAAACGGAAGAUCAGUGGAUAGCUGUCAAAGAAAAUGAGAUUUGGGAUCUAAGAGAAGAAGCAAGCGAGAUUUUACCUGCUUUAAGGUUGAGUUACACUAAUCUAUCACCACAUUUGAAGCAAUGCUUUGCGUAUUGCGCUAUAUUUCCAAAAGAUCAGGUGAUGAGGAGGGAGGAGCUGAUUGCUUCGUGGAUGGCAAAUGGCUUUAUUUCUUGCAGUGGAGAAAUGGAUUUGCACUUCAUGGGUAUUGAGAUAUUCAAUGAACUAGUGGGAAGGUCAUUUCUGCAAGAGGUCAAGGAUGAUGGAUUGGGCAACAUAACAUGUAAAAUGCAUGAUCUUAUGCAUGAUCUUGCACAAUCCGUUGCAGCACAAGAAUGCUAUACGACAGAAGGCGAUGGGGAGUUGGAAAUUCCUAAAACUGCCCGUCAUGUAGCUUUUUAUAACAAAUCAGUAGCUUCGUCUUCUGAAGUUCUCAAGGUCCUAUCACUUCGCUCACUUCUUUUGAGGAAUGGUGCUCUUUGGAAUGAAUGGGGAAAGUUUCCUAGUCGAAAACAUCGAGCCUUGAGAUUAAUAAAUGUCCGCGUGCGGAAUUUUCCGAAGUCAAUUUGUGAUUUGAAACAUCUAAGGUAUCUAGAUGUAUCAGGCUCCGAGUUCAAAACACUGCCUGAAAGUACAACCUCACUCCAAAACCUCCAGACACUACAUCUGAGACGCUGCCAAAAACUCAUCCAAUUACCAAAAGGUAUGAAGCACAUGAAAAGUCUUGUCUAUCUUGACAUAACGGGUUGUUAUUCACUUCGAUUUAUGCCUGUUGGACUGAGACAAUUGAUAUUCCUACGAAAACUUACCCUGUUCAUUGUGGGUGGGGAGAAUGGUCGUCGCAUAAGUGAGCUGGAAGGGCUAAAUAAUCUUGCUGGUGCAUUGAGUAUCGCAGAUCUUGUGAAUGUUAAGAAUUUAGAAGAUGCCAAAAGUGCCAAUUUGAAGUUGAAGACAGCUCUUUUAUCACUGACUUUAUCUUGGCAUGGUAAUGGAUAUUACCUUUUUGUCUCUUGGUCAUUUGCGCCACCGCAAGAAAGAAAGAGGGGUUGCCCUCUGUUGAACGAAAUACCAAUUAUACCCUCCCUUAAAGAAUUAGGCAUCUGGGGAGGUAAUGCUUCGUCGCUGAUGUCAGUUAGGAAUCUCACUUCUAUCACUUCUCUUUGGAUUAGCGCUAUUCCAAAUGUGAGGGAGCUUCCCGAUGGGUUUUUGCAAAAUCAUACCCUCCUUGAAAGCUUAGGAAUUUGGUGGAUGCGAGAUCUGGAGUCUUUGUCAAAUAGGGUAUUAGAUAACCUUUCUGCUCUUAAAAGCUUGAGGAUUUUUGAUUGCGGGAAACUCGAAAGCUUGCCAGAGGAAGGUCUUCGUAACCUCAAUUCCUUGGAGGUUUUGCGCAUAUGGAAUUGUGGAAGAUUAAAUUGUCUGCCAAUGGAUGGGCUGUGUGGCUUAUCUUCUCUUCGCAACUUAUCUGUUGAAUUUUGUAAUAAAUUCACAUCUCUAUCAGAGGGAGUGCGGCAUCUGACGGCACUUGAGGAUUUGAGGCUUUAUGGAUGUCCAGAGCUGAAUUCAUUGCCAGAGAGUAUCCAACAUCUCACUUCUCUCCAAUCUCUAAUAAUCGAAGAAUGUCCAAAUUUAAAGGAAAGGUGUGAGAAAGAUUUAGGAGAGGACUGGCCUAAGAUAGCUCAUAUUCCUGACAUUAGAAUCAUUAAAGAUUGGUAAUCAAAUUAAAUUUGUAAU